GUCGAGUGAGGUGGAUGGCGGUGGGGGUGGCAGAUCAAGGGCCUGCCAAGGCCAAGCCCUCCCCGGGGCUGCCAGAAUGGACCAGCCGUCAGUGACAUCACAAUCCUGAGGGGUUGCCGAGGCACUGCUGGAGGGGGACCGUCUUAUUUCUCCCCACGGAGCUCUAGGAUGUGGAUGUGAGAAAGGUGAGCCAAGAAGGAAGAUGGCAACGAGGAGCAGCCCUAGCCCCAUGCCUCUGGGCACGGCUCAGGGUGACCCCGGAGAGGCAGGAACACUGCCAGGUCCCGAUGCUGGCAUCCGGGACACGUGUUCGGCAGCUCAGCUGAAGAUGAAGCCCAGGAAGGUGCGCAAGAUCAAGGCCCUCAUCAUCGACCUGGGCUCCCAGUACUGUAAGUGUGGCUACGCGGGCGAGCCGAGGCCCACCUACUUCAUCUCCUCCACUGUGGGCAAGCACUGCUCUGAGGCGGCGGAUGCUGGUGACACUCGCAAGGAGACCUACGUGGGCCACGAGCUGCUCAACACGGAGGCGCCCCUGAAGCUGGUGAACCCGCUCAAGUACGGCAUCGUGGUGGACUGGGACUGCGUCCAGAGCAUCUGGGAGUACGUCUUCCACACAGCCAUGAAGAUCCUCCCCGAGGAGCAUGCGGUGCUGGUCUCGGACCCCCCCCUCAGCCCCAGCAGCAACCGGGAGAAGUACGCGGAGCUCAUGUUCGAGACCUUUGGCAUCCCUGCCAUGCAUGUGACGUCCCAGUCGCUGCUGUCCAUCUACUCCUACGGCAAGACCUCGGGCCUGGUGGUGGAGAGCGGGCACGGCGUCUCGCAUGUGGUGCCCAUCUCGGAGGGCGACGUGCUGCCGGGCCUGACGGGCCGAGCCGACUACGCUGGGAGCGACCUCACCAACUACCUGCUGCAGCUGCUCAACGAGGCCGGCCACAAGUUCACGGACGACCACCUGCACAUCAUCGAGCACAUCAAGAAGAAGUGCUGCUACUCGGCACUCCUGCCCGAGCAGGAGCUCGGCCUGUGCCUGGAGGAGAUGCGCGUGGACUACGAGCUCCCCGACGGCAAGCUCAUCACCAUUGGCCGGGAGCGCUUCCAGUGCGCCGAGAUGCUCUUCAAGCCCACCCUGGUGGGCAGCAACCAGCCGGGCCUCCCCGCGCUCGCGGCCGCCUGCCUGGAGCGCUGCCAGGAGGCGGGCUUCGAGGAGGAGAUGGCGGCCAACGUGCUGCUGUGCGGUGGCUGCACCAUGCUGGAUGGCUUCCCCGAGCGCUUCCAGAGGGAGCUGAGCCUCCUCUGCCCCGGGGCCAGCCCUGCGGUGUCUGCUGCUGCGGAGCGGAAGACCUCCGUGUGGACCGGCGGCUCCAUCCUGGCCUCCCUGCAGGCCUUCCAGCAGCUCUGGGUCAGCAAGGAAGAGUUCGAGGAGCGGGGCAGUGCGGCCGUCUACGGCAAGUGCUGAGCGGCGGGGCCCUGACAGGCGGGGCCUGGUGGGCAGGCGGCCUGCGACCGCUCUACGCAUCCACAGAAGUUCGCAUAAAGCCUCCCCGUGCAGUCGUCUGGUCCAGUCUGGGUUUCUUGCUCUCGUCCCGCAGCCGGGGGAGGCGGGCGAUGUGGGCGGAGCCAUCUCCGCUCCUUUUGCUCGGCUGGGUCCGCAGUACCGGGAGGGCUGGGGAGGGUGCGCUGUGGCUCAGCCCCCAUCGCGAGGGGGACAUCCCAGGACCCGGAGUGCUGUUAGCUCCCCCGAGCUCGAAACCCAGCCCAGCAGGCAGAUCGCUUGCUCGCGCGGACCAAGAGGCAAACGAAGCCCCCUGUUAAGUGGUGGUGGGCGACUUAGCCAGGGGCCAGACUCCUGUUUCUUGCCCUGGUGGUCCCACAUCUUCCCACUGCUGCUCCUUGCUGGAUCUCCCCAGGCGCGCUCACUAACCGCACCCCCCCCCCCAACCGGCCCUUUUCAAAGGUGUAGCCCAUGCGUGUGCGUCCUCUGAUUGUGAGCAGCCAUUUCUGCCUCUUCUGGGCCCUACCCCUUCCAACCCCGGCCAGACUGAGCUGUUUCUGCGCUGGCAAAGCCAAGCCACCGAGGCCAGAGGAUGCCAGAGGAUGCCAGAGGAAACCGGAAAGCCCUUUGGAAAUCACGUGAUUCUCUCCCUGCAGGAGAGACGCAGGGAACUGGAGGACCGGGAGGGAGGGGCCUAGUCUUCUGAGCCAGGCCAUGAUUAUUUCCAGAAGCGUAGACAUGGUUGCUCUAGGGGGUGGGCUGCUGUAACAAAAGACCACAGACCAGGUGGCUUCUAAACAACAGAAAUUUAUUUCUGGAGGCUGGGAGUCCAAGAUCAGGUUGCUAGCAUGGCUGGGUUCUGGUGAAAGCCCUCUUCUGGGUUCUGGUUGCGCGCACCGUGCUGUGUUCUCACAGGGCGGAAGGGAUAGGGAACGAGGCCUUUAACAGAGGCACUAAUCCCAUUCAUGAGGGCUGCCCUUAUGACCCAGUCACUUCUCAAAAGCCCCACCUCAUACCGUUACCUAGGGCACUAGGCUCUCAACAUGUGAAUUGACCACAGGGACCAGUAGGGGUCGGGGUGGGACAUUCAGUCUGUAGUGGUUCUUAAUGGUUAGCAGCCAUGACCAGAAUGUGACCCUUCCCUCGGGAUCACACACAGCUAGUGGGGGAUUCGGUGGUCACCCAUGUUGGUAAGGAGACGAGUCCGGAGCUGUGUUUCUGGGGGUGGGAAGGUGGAGGUGGUCCUGGAAAGCUGUAAAGAGAGAAGUGCUGGGCGUGGUGGCCACUUGGUGGCUUCAGGGUAAGGGAGAAGCUGGUGAGUCCUGUGAGAUUGCAGCUCAGGGAUGACCGUCUGCCUAGAGGAGGGUGGCUCCCGCCUCUUUGCCCAGCCCCCCCCUGCUGAUGGAGCCCAUGGCCAAGCGUCUGCGGGGUCAGACACUGGUGAGCUGUGGGAGCUGAUGGGCUCCCGAAUGGUCCUGAGCUGCCUCUUACCUUAGACAGGAGUCCUGAUUCGGGGCACCGGGCAAGGCUGCGUCUGUCCCGGCCCGUGCUGGAGGCCGCGGGCUUGCGAAAGAACCAGCCGCGGUCUUUCAUUGCCCAAUGCCUGGCCAUUAAGUCCUUCCCCAUAGCCCAGAACUGGGUUUCUAGCCCGGGGUUGGAGUCCCCGUGGGGCUAGGCAGGGACCCGCGCUCUUUCCUGGGGGAGGGGGGUUGCAGACUGGGGGCUGCAGGUCGAUGGUGCCAGGAGGCACAUUACCGUUUGGCCGGCACAGUGUAUGCGUGUUUUCCUGAAUGCGGGUUCUUUCAGUGGGGCUCGCAGGCUCAGGUUGCUCCCGUUUCUCCCACCCUGAUCUCUUCACGCGUACCUGCUGCUGCAGCAUCUUUUGCUUAAUUAGCCGGCAUUCUUCUCUAUUGCUCGUGCUCCAAGAACCUUUGAUAAAUACUAAUCCUAACAUCCUGAUGAGCUACAGACAGGGAAACAGAGGAAAGUGCCGUGCCCCAAAUCACAGGCAGUAAGCUAGGGCUACACAGAAACCCUCUUCCACAUGUUGGUCUUGGAGAUCUCCAAAAACCAUGCCUCUUCCUCGCUCUCCAUCUCUUCCUUGCUCCCCAUCUCUUCCUUGCUCCCCACAUCCUCAGCACCUUUCCUCUCCACAGUCAACCGCCUCACUGCCUCCUCUCCUGGUCCUCUCCUCGCUAAUGGUAGAGGCUGUAGAAACACUUCAUCCUUGACAUGAAUUUAUCCAAGCUCAUCACAGACACAACAGAAGAUUUAAUUUUGGCAGAAAACUACAGGUCAGUGAUUUCCCUCUUAAAAUGACCAACCAAACGUGCGCUUGUCUCCUCUCCC